CAUCACACGGAUCAACAAGAAUGACUUUGCUGGGCUGAAGCAGCUCCGUGUCCUGCAGCUGAUGGAAAACCAGAUCAGCACGGUGGAGCGUGGGGCGUUUGAUGACAUGAAGGAGCUGGAGCGGCUACGGCUGAACCGCAACCAGCUGCACACCCUGCCCGAGCUCCUCUUCCAGAACAACCAGGCACUGUCGCGGCUGGACCUGAGCGAGAACUUCAUCCAGGCCAUCCCCAGGAAAGCUUUCCGUGGGGCCACCGACCUCAAGAACCUGCAACUGGACAAGAACCAGAUCAGCUGCAUUGAGGAUGGGGCUUUCCGCGCCCUGCGGGGGCUGGAGGUCCUGACCCUGAAUAACAACAAUAUCACUUCCAUCCCUGUGUCCAGCUUCAACCACAUGCCCAAGCUGCGGACGUUCCGCCUGCACUCCAACCACCUCUUCUGCGACUGCCACCUGGCCUGGCUCUCACAGUGGCUGCGCCAGCGCCCCACCAUCGGGCUCUUCACCCAGUGUGCCGCUCCGGCCCAGCUCCGUGGCCUCAACGUGGCCGAGAUCCAGAAGAACGAGUUCAGCUGCUCUGGACAAACGGACCCGGCACGUGCCCAGCUCUGCAGCUUGUCCUCUGGCUCCUGCCCGGCCAUGUGCACUUGCAGCAACGGCAUCGUGGACUGUCGGGGCAAGGGGCUGACAGCCAUCCCUGCCAACCUGCCCGAGACCAUGACGGAGAUACGCCUGGAGCUCAACGGCAUCAAGUCCAUCCCCCCAGGCGCCUUCUCCCCCUACAAGAAGCUGCGGAGGAUAGACCUGAGCAACAACCAGAUCUCGGAGAUCGCCCCCGAUGCCUUCCAGGGGCUGCGCUCGCUGAACUCCCUGGUGCUGUAUGGCAACAAGAUCACAGACCUCCCCAAGGGUGUCUUCGGGGGACUUUUCGCCCUGCAGCUGCUGCUCCUCAAUGCCAACAAGAUCAACUGCGUGCGGGCAGAUGCCUUCCAGGACCUGCAGAACCUCUCGCUGCUCUCGCUCUACGACAACAAGAUCCAGAGCCUGGCCAAGGGCACCUUCACCUCCCUGCGGGCCAUCCAGACCCUGCACCUGGCCCAGAACCCCUUCGUUUGCGACUGCAACCUGAAGUGGCUGGCAGACUUCCUCCGUGCCAACCCUAUCGAGACCAGCGGCGCCCGCUGUGCCAGCCCCCGGCGCCUGGCCAACAAGCGCAUCGGCCAGAUCAAGAGCAAGAAGUUCCGCUGCUCGGCCAAAGAGCAGUAUUUCAUCCCAGGGACGGAGGAUUACCAGCUGAACAGUGAGUGCAACAGUGACGUGAUCUGCCCCCCGAAGUGCCGCUGCGAAUCCAAUGUGGUCGAGUGCUCCAACCUGAAGCUCACCAAGAUCCCGGAGCGCAUCCCGCAGUCCACGGCUGAGCUGCGCCUGAACAACAACGAAAUCUCCAUCCUGGAGGCCACCGGCAUCUUCAAGAAACUCCCGCAUCUGAAGAAAAUCAACCUCAGCAACAACAAGGUGUCGGAGAUCGAGGAUGGGGCGUUCGAGGGGGCAUCCUCUGUCAGUGAGCUGCACCUCACCGUCAACCAGCUGGAGUCUGUGCGGAGUGGCAUGUUCAGGGGCCUGGAUGGGCUGAGGACCCUGAUGCUGAGGAACAACCGCAUCAGCUGCAUCCACAACGACAGCUUCACAGGGCUGCGCAACGUCCGCCUGCUCUCCCUGUACGACAACCAGAUCAGCACCAUCGCGCCGGGCGCGUUUGACACGCUGCAGUCCCUCUCCACGCUGAACCUGCUCGCCAACCCCUUCAACUGCAACUGCCAGCUGGCCUGGCUGGGGGACUGGCUGCGCAAGAGGAAGAUCGUGACAGGGAACCCGCGGUGCCAAAACCCCGACUUCCUCCGGCAGAUCCCGCUCCAGGACGUGGCUUUCCCCGACUUCAGGUGUGAGGAAGGUCAGGAGGAGACCAGCUGCAUCCCCCGGCCCCAGUGCCCACAGGAGUGCACCUGCCUCGACACCGUUGUCCGCUGCAGCAACAAGCACCUCAAGGCCCUGCCCAAGGGGAUCCCCAAGAACGUCACAGAGCUCUACCUGGAUGGAAACCAGUUCACUCAGGUCCCGGGGCAGCUCUCUACCUUCAAGUACCUGCAGCUUGUUGAUCUGAGCAACAACAAGAUCAGCUCCUUGAGCAACUCCUCCUUCACCAACAUGAGCCAGCUCACCACCCUGAUCCUCAGCUACAACUCCCUGCAGUGCAUCCCUCCGCUGGCCUUCGAGGGCCUCCGCUCCCUCCGGCUGCUGUCUCUCCACGGCAAUGACAUCUCCAGCCUCCCCGAGGGCAUCUUCGCAGACGUCACCUCCCUGUCCCACCUAGCCAUCGGGGCCAACCCCCUGUACUGUAGCUGCAACCUGCGCUGGCUCUCCAGCUGGGUCAAGACGGGGUACAAGGAGCCAGGCAUCGCCCGCUGCGCUGGGCCCCCUGACAUGGAAGGCAAGCUGCUGCUCACCACCCCCGCCAAGAAGUUUGAGUGCCAAGGCCCACCCGCCCUGAGCAUCCAGGCCAAAUGCAACCCCUGCCUCUCCAGCCCCUGCCAGAACCAGGGCACCUGCCACAAUGACCCCCUCGGCUUCUACCGCUGCGCCUGCCCCAGUGGCUACAAGGGCAGGGACUGCGAGGUGGCACUCAGUGGCUGCUUCUCCAACCCCUGCGCCAACGGGGGGACCUGCCAGCCCCAGGAGGGGGAAGGAGCCGGGUUCAGGUGCCUGUGCCCGGCGGGCUUCGAGGGCCCAAGCUGCCGUGCUGCCAGCGACCCCUGCAAGGAGCACAGCUGUGAGAACGGGGGCUCCUGCAUGCCCGGUGCCACCAACUACACCUGCCUGUGCCCUGCCCGCUACACAGGGCAUUUCUGUGAGCAGCCACCGGAUUUCUGCUCGGCCGAGCUCAGCCCAUGCCAGCACGGCUCCACCUGUGUCUCCACCAGCCAGGGGCCCAGGUGUGAGUGUGCGCCCGGCUACGUGGGGAGCAACUGCAGCGAGGACUUCGACGACUGCCAGGACCACCGGUGCCAGAACAACGCCCGCUGCCUGGACGAGGUGAACGGCUACUCCUGCCUCUGCACCGAGGGCUACAGCGGCCAGCUCUGCGAGAUGCCGCCCCACGCUGCCAGCCAGCCCGGCCUCUGCGAGCGAGCCGAGUGCCAGAAUGGGGCCCCGUGCGUGGAGCGGGGUGCCCGCGCCCUCUGCCAGUGCCUACCCGGCUUCGGUGGCCCCAAGUGUGAGAAGCUGCUGAGCGUCAACUUUGUGGACCGCGACACGUACCUGCAGUUCACCGACCUGCAGGACUGGCCCCGGGCCAACAUCACCCUGCAGGUCUCCACGGCUGAAGGCAACGGCAUCCUGCUGUACAACGGCGACAGCGACCACAUGGCCGUGGAGCUGUACCAGGGCCACGUCAGGGUCAGCUACGACCCCGGCACCCACCCCAGCUCGGCCAUCUACAGCGCCGAGACCAUCAACGACGGGCAGUUCCACACUGUGGAGCUGGUGACCUUCGACCAGAUGGUGAACCUCUCCAUCGACGGUGGCAGCCCCAUGACCAUGCAACUCGGGCAAGCACUACACGCUGAACAGCGAGGCCCCCCUCUACGUGGGAGGGAUGCCUGUGGACGUCAACUCAGCUGCUUCCGCCUCUGGCAGCUCCUCAAUGGCACUAGCUUCCAUGGGUGCAUCCGCAACCUCUACAUCAACAAUGAGCUGCAGGACUUCACCAAGACGCGGAUGACGCCGGGGGUGGUGCCAGGCUGCGAGCCCUGCCGCAAGCUCUACUGCCUGCACGGCAUCUGCCAGCCCGCCGGCGCCCAGGGCCCCGUCUGCCACUGCGAGCCCGGCUGGGACGGGCCCAACUGCGACCAGCCCCGUGGCAGCCCCUGCCAGGGGCACAAGUGCGUGCACGGGCUGUGCCUGCCCCUCGAUGCCCUCUCCUACAGCUGCCAGUGCCACGAGGGCUACCAGGGCGCGCUCUGCAACCAGCCCACCGAGCCGCCUGACCCCUGCCGUCGCCAGCCGUGCGUCCACGGCCACUGCCGCCUCACCCCGGGCGGCCAGCCCACCUGCGAGUGCCACGGUGGCUACACCGGAGCCCUCUGCGACCAAGAGCUGGAGUGUCACGGGGAGCCGGUGCGGGACUACCACCAGGUGCAGCGGGGCUACGCCAUCUGCCAGACGACACGGCCGGUGGCCUGGGUGGAGUGCCGGGGAGCCUGUGGCGGCCCUGGCGCCGGCUGCUGCACCGGGCUGCGGCUCCGGCGCAGGAAAUACGCCUUCGAGUGCAGCAAUGGCGCAACCUUCGUGGAGGAGGUGGAGAAGCCCAGCAAGUGCGGCUGCAGCCAGUGCCUGUGAGCGGCCACCGGCCCCGGAGAGCCAGGGAGCUAGCGGGGAGCCCCCCCGGAGCCAAGGACCUCGCUUUGCCCUGUGGCCGUGGCGCCGCUGUCCGCAUGUUCCCAAACUGCAGCUGCAUCAGAGGAGCCCGGCGGAGGGUAGAGCUGUUGCAUCUAGAGGGUUGGGGAAAAACAAAAACAGAAAAGAAAAAAAAAAAACACGAACAAAGCAAAUGUGUAGAUAGAGAAUUUUGUAAAAGCUACAGCUACACACGUGUAUAUGGGGUGGGAGCUCCGUCCAGCUGCCCCCUGUCCGCUCCCUGCGGCGCUCUGCCUUCCCCACAGCCACGGAGGGCAGCGCCUGUGUCCUCCCGUGUGUCCCUCCCCGGCAGCCCAUCCCUUGCAUCCAGCCGGGCGAGCCGGGGCUUUUGCAACGUCUGGGGCUGGAGCAGAGGGGCCUGAUGUGGCAGAGCCUCGUGGGCCAUGGCACGCCGGGGCUGGCAGAGGGCUGCACGGUGCAGCCGGUAUCCCGACGUCCCGGUGAGCCUGGAGCCCGGCUCCGUGUCCUCUCCUCUGGCAGCCCUGGCCUCCCUGCUGAGGAUGUGCCAUCGCCCCGAUGGCAGCUGCAGUGAGCAGCUCCCCGGUGCUGUGGCUGGGGUGCUGGAGCCCAGCACACCCCAAAUAAUGUCACCAGCUCCAC